UGUGCCCAAUGGAAUGACCGUGUCUGCACGGCAGUAUAUUUCAAAGUCAACAAUGCAGUAUAAAUUACGGUUAAUGCAUAAUCAUGAUGAAAUUCAAGGUCAAAAAGUUAUCGUCGCAAAUGAUGUGACGAAACAGAAUAUAUCUCUUUUCGUACGCGUUACAAAAUACGAAAAUUUCAUACCUCUGUCUGGAAUUCAUUGGGUGGAUUACAUGUAUUUCCAUCGUUACACUUUCGGAACGUUUGCAGUCGUUGUAAUAACUUGUUUUUAUAUAUGGAAGAAUAAAAUGGCGAAUAUUGAUUUAAAUAUAAAGAAUAGGACAGUUUUCGCUGACAAAUGUCCUCCACAAUUAAAGAAAACUAGUACCCCUUGUUCGACUACAAUGAAUAGUACAAAUAUGUCUACCCCGCGAACUCCCAUAACACCAAUAAGACAGUUUUCGGCGUUUGAUCCGGUUUAUGGCGAUCCUCGUGGUUUUUACUCAGCAAGCAAACGAAAUAGAUCAUUAAACACAUAAUUAAAAGUGAUAAGGUAUCAUCUUUAAUGUGAAGGUACAUAGUACUUACAACUAAACUGUUGGGUACUCACUAGUUUCAUUUUGAAACAAAUAUUUGAUUGUCAGAAACUGGUGCCUUAAUUGAUUGCCAUUGCAACUCAUUUUCAUUACGAAACCAAUUGAAGACUUAAAGAGAAGUUUGUUACAUUUAGCGAUGAUACAAAUAGAUACUAACUUACGGACACAUAAGGACAUGUACAUUCUGUAAUAUAGAAUCUUAAGUUAUACAAUUUUAUACUUUGAUAGAAAAACUGACACAGGAUUUUAAUGCAGGUAUGUUUCUAGGAUGCGUUCGAUUAUAUUUUGUUUAGAAAUUUGAGGUAUAUGGUUCCUAGUCAUAUAGCUGAUAAUUUACGUGAUCACAAUGAUACUAUAAAUUUACUUACAUAGUACACAUGCUUUCAUGUGUUAAUACAAAUAUAGUAACUACAUUGCUUUUUUUAUAUAUAUAUGUAUAUUUUAUUAUAAUUUGUCUUUUAUUAUAAGUAAUUAAUUUUCCAUAUAUUUUGUUAUAAACGGUCAUUUCAGCGUAAAUAUGAUUUCCACUUAUAUAUUAAGAUAGAUGUAGACAAUCUUGUGUAAGUACAACUGUAUGAACAAUGUAUAUUAUACACUGUAAAAAUUAAAAGCGUUUUAUAGUACAAUUUA